GAAAUAUCGUGUGACCUUUCUUGUUUGUAUAGUCUGUUUGUUAAUGUCUCCUGAUCGUUACAGCUGACUCUAGGACGCCCUAUAAUCUUUUACAUUAUUGAAUUUCAUGAAUUUAAUGCAUAUCAUUGUUGCUAUCAUUUUAACUAAAAGUCAUUAGUCUGGAUGGUAAUCGUAUUAGAAAACUUUUUGAAUGAUGAUAACAAUCGUGUAAAUAAUUAUGGGAGUUGGAUAUUGAGUGAAGUCAAAUUAUUUUCAAAGUUCAAAUUUCUUUGGAUAGCCUGUUCUAAGUCAUAUAGUAAAUUAAGCAAUCAUGGCAGCUCAAUUGUAUUCGCUUCAUAUGUUACUAUAGAUAUUAAGUUCCAUUGUUCCUUUUUUGUUUGUCUUUACGAACUAUGUUCCUGAUACUUUGUUCUUUUCAUGAUUACUACAAAUAACGACAACAGUUAUUAUUAUUAUUAGUAAUAAUAAUAAUACUAUAUUAUUUAAAUUUUUACCCGUCUUAUUGAUUCCCUUUUAUUGUGCUGAUGUGGUUUGGGAAAUUGAAUCAAAACACCUAUGCUCCAGACUUUUCUCUGAUUACGACUUUGUCAUAAUGCUAAUAUAAGACGUUUUAACUUUGCUCAUUUAUAUAAGGUUCUAUGUUGUUGUUAGUUGUCUAACAAAUUUUAAAGAAAUCUAUUGUUCUGUGUAUAUCAUUGUCAAAUUAUGUUAUCGGUUAAUUGAUUAUUGUAAAUUAUGUAAUUCUUUUGCAGUUUAUUUUACUUACUCAUGUUUUUCUUCUAAAAAAUCUCAUUUCCAGCUAUCACCAUGUAUAUAUUUUUGAUGGACCAAGGUCGCCUUGUCUCACUAGAUGACAACUUAUUAUCUCAAACGGUUUCAAGUCUACGCAAUGUUUUGGCGCAUGAUUUUGACCUACCAUUGAAUAAACAAAUUCUUUUAGUAUCAGGUGGCUUUCAGUUGGAACCAGGUGAUAAACUGUCAACUUAUGGUGCAGGUUUGGAUAAAACUAAUCCAAUUUAUGUGUUUACACAAACAUUUUCAAAUGAUACAACUGUUCAAAAACCAGAUGUCUUGCAAGUUAAUGAUGGAGGAUAUCCACGACAACUUGCAUGUCUAUUAGAAUUAGCUCCAUCUGAAAAGGUAUUUGAAGAGCGAUUACGUCUUAUUCGUUCACUUACUCCGAUUGGUCGUGAAGCUGCCAAUGCAAUUGAACAAUUGGUUUCUGAACAACGUCAAAUGAUACAGGGAUGGUGUGUUGCACUGGCUAAUUUAGCUGAAGUAGCUGCAGAUACAAAUAAACGUUUGUUGUUUGCAACAAGUCGGUUGGUUCAAUUUGAAGGAUGUGUAUCAGAUUGGGAACGAAAAUUGUACAACUUCAACGAAUUAAAGAAGGAAUUGUCGGAAUUGCCGUUACCACCACAGUUGGUAGCUGGAACUAGUGAAAUCGUUGAUCAAAAAGAAUCGUUCAAUUUUAACAAUAUUCCUAAGCCAACAAAUUUAUAUGAAUGGGUUUGUUUACAAUCUGCUAUAUCUAGCAUUGGGACGCGUUAUUCCUUACCACCGUCAACAAUUAAAGCUGUUGGCCUACAAUCGAUUGCAUUAUAUCUUGGUCGACAUGCCGGUGUUGGUAGUGGUAGUACUGGACGUGUUCGUACAACAAGUACUGGUCAUAUCGGUGUCCUUAGUCCUGCUAAUGAUGGUAUUAUGUCUAAUAAUUCAGGAUCUACUUGUACUGGAUCAAAUCAACCUACUGGAGUGUCUUUCUACACUGGUGGCUCUCAAACCAGCUUAAAUAGUUUAUGCUCUACAAAUUCAAAUUCUUCAGAUAUGCGUUUCAUCAUGGAUCAUCAUCAAUAUUAUACCACCAAAGAUGGUAACGAUACAAUUGUACAGGAUCAUUCUUCUUCAGCAUCUGAUUGUUAUGAGUCAGCGUUUUUAGAUAUAAUUAAACGUGCAUUACAUGAUAUACAUUCACUACGAUUUGGUCCGGACUCAUCAUUCAAUUUUAAUGCUAAACUGCCGGAUUCUUUCAGUAAUGAAUUAGUUUAUGUUAGAGCACAAACAAAUCGUUUAUCCGAACUGAUUACAAUGGUUACUACUUGUUCAAAAUCAAAUUAUGAUGAAAUGACUACUUCUACUAUGCCUCAUCCUUCAACGAAAUCAUCAUCCAACACUACCACUACCAAUCCUGUUGCUGAAAUGAAUACUGUAAUGUCCAGUUCAAAAGAUAUUUCUAUUAAUUCAACGGAUAAUAGCAAUGGAGCAGUGAAUAAGAAACAAAUCCCACCAUUCACAUCAUCGUCAACUUUAUUCCCAUCAAAAUUACCAUAUAAUGAUGGUGUAGAUGAUAUACACUUGGUCAGUGUACGUGAUGCGUUAGAUCCUGGUUAUUUUAGUCAACGUCUUUCACAACUUGAUCCAUUAUUAUGUGAAGCUGUAGGUCUAGCCAGGAAUAUGAUUGGAAUCGAGCAGAAUUCUACAAAAGCUUAUCAACAGAUAAUUCAACAAAAGGUUAAUUCAUUAUUACAGACGAAAUUUAUAGAGAAUACACAAAAUGCAAAGGAAUUAAUUAUUGCAUUCAAUCGUCUUUGUGAAAUUCUCGGUAUUGUUAUGGAGAGUAAACUUUUACUGGCUAAUAAUUUGUUUGAUCGUCAACGAUGGUUACAAAAUUUCCAAUCAGAAUUAAAUCGUCUCGAUGCAAUUAUUCAACGUUGUCUUCGUCGUAUGUGUCGUGUCACUACAACUGGUACAUUAAUAUCUCAAUUAAAUGAAGCUGGUCCCACCUAUGCUCGCUGUUUAGCUGAAAUUGUUAGACGUACAGAAUUUGACGAUAUGCUUACUCAACGAUCUGUAUGUUAUCUUAAAGAGGAAACUAAUUUGAGAACUGAAGAAUGUCGCCGACGGCGUAUAUUUUCUAAACAUUUAAAAAAUAACGUUCUACAUUCACUCUUCUCUCCAUGGACUAAUCCAAAAGCGGAAUCUCUCGGGCUUAGCAACAUACCAGGAACAAUUUCUAUGUCACAAGAUGUAGCUGAACAGCAGUUGUGUGAAACAUCUACCACCACCACCACCACCACUACUACCACUACUAUUACGACUACAUCUAAUCAGAAAGUCGAUUCACUUUCACAUAGUCCUCAUACAAAUACUACGGAAUUCACGGUGAAUCGACGAUUCGCCUUAUCUUCUUUAUCUGAACCACGUUUAAAUGAAUUAGCCAAAGCUUGUGCAUUGAAUCGUGUACAACAUUCUCGUGUUCGUUCAACUCGACUAAAUUCACUUAGUUCACCAGAUCCUCAUUUGACUAAGGUUAAAGAAGAUGAAAUGAUUGAAUCGGAUCAAAAUAAAAAACGUUCAAAUUAUAAUUGUCCUAUACAACACCAACCAGUUUUGUUACGUCCACAACAUACUAAACUAUCAUUUGACGCUAAUCGUCGUGCUUCCAUGCCAUUUGAUGAAUCUGAUCGAGGUGAAUUAUCCAGUCUAUCAAAUUGGUCAGUUGAUUCGUCAUCAUUAUUAGGUAUAUUAUCAAAUAACUUUUAUCAAACUCAUCAUCAUAAUCUAUCGACUAUAACACAAUCAGUUAAAAUUACUCGUGAUGAUUUAGAAAGAUUAAUGCAAUCUAUGCCUACUAAUAUAUCUAAUUUAUUAAGGAUAGAAUUGAAUAAAUCGUUUUCACUAUUUAAAAAUACUUCUUUUCUACCUAAUUCAUCAUUGAUCAAUCCUAGUGGGUGUGUUUCUUUAGAUCAAACAUCUAAUAUUGCUAAUAGUACCGGUUUUAUCAAUAGUGAUGGCAGUAGUCCAUUAUCAAAUUUAAAAUCAACCAUCAUGACAACAACAACAACAUCUAAAACAUCCAUAUCUACAAUGAUGACUAGUACACAAAUUAAUAUGCCUGAAACAAAAUCUAUUACAACCUCUCCAUUUAGUAGUUUAGAGAAUGUAUCAACAAGAGAUUUUAUGAAUGUUGGUUGUCAAGCUGAAUUUGGUUUAAUCGGACCAAUUUUAAAUGUUGGAUCUGGUCGAAGCUUGAAUUCUAGCCUUGGAUUAUCAGUUGAUGAUUCAGUACGUCGUACUACAAUCCAUACAGUUAGUAAUAUUCAUACAGGCUGGGAAGAACUUCCAGGAAGUUUAUGUAGUUGGGAUUUAUGUCGUUUUCCACCUGUGGCAGUACGUUCAGGUGAUCGUAUGUCAAUUUCUUUAAAUACAUUACCACGUUUUGAACACUUAAUGACUACUGGUACACAAACUGAAGAACAAUUGGAAUUUUCAGAAUCUCAUAAUACAUCUUAUUCUCCUGUUAAACCUAUGACUACAGAAGAAUUAUGCUUACAAAAUAGUGAAGCACACAGAAAAAAUUCAACCACACAUGAGAAUAACGACAAUGUCGUUGAUUAUCAUCUUCAAACAAUUCAAACGCCUAUUACUACUACUACUACUAGUACUAUUGUUAAUCAACAUUCAUCAUCAUCGUCACUGCCGUUUACAAUUCAUAAUGAUGAAACCAAUGAAGAUAAUAUUAUUAUAUCAUCAAUAUUUACUGAAGAUAAUUUAUUCACUGACUCUGCUUUAAUGAUGACAUCAAGUUUUCACUCAACAAAAACAACCUUUUCCAAUAGUAUUAAUAGUAGUAAUGAUAAUACUACUAAUGAUAAUAAUAGUAAUAAUAAUAAUAAUAAUACAUCUUCAUUGCAAAUGCAUACACCUUUCAUUUCAAUGCAUAAUCAAAGUCGAUCAAUGUCUUCAAGUAAUCUAUGUGACUUAACAAAUGCUACUGACAUUUGUGGUAGUGAAAGUACAACAACACAAUAUGAUUCAAUGAUAUACGAUGAUGAUGUAAAAACUUCUCGUGAUGUUCUCCUUCUACCAUCAUCAUCAUCAUUACCGGAAGUAAAAUUACACGAAUUAAUUGAAAAACAAAAUCAAAUUACAUCAUUUACAUUAUUAGAUCAUAAUUGUUUCAAAUGUCGUUUAAAACGUAUUCAUCAAGAAUAUAUUCAAUUACUUCAAGAAAGUUUAAAAUUAAUCAAUAAUAGUAAUGAUAAUGAUCAUUGUCAUGGUGAUGUUGAUCAUUAUCAAUUAAAACGAAAUACUUCUGAAACUGUAAUUGAUGAUGAUAAUGAUAAUAAAUCAUCAAGAAUUACAACAAAUGAAAUCAAACAGUCUAAAUCACCAAUUUCAUUAGAUGCAAUACAAUUGAAAUGUCUUUUCAAUGUGUUGGAAUCAUGUUCAUUAUUAUUUUUAAAAUCCAAACACAUAUCAUGUGAAUCAUCUCAUCCUGUUUGUAUGGAGUUAAACACAACAACAUCAAAUAGUAAUGAUACUUGUUUAAAUAUUCCGCAACCAGAUUUAUCUACGAUAUUGAGGCAAGAGACUAUUGAGAGUUUAAUUGACAACGACUCAGCAGCAAAAGAAUGUGUUAACUGCGUUCAACCAAGUGAUAAUACAACGAACGAUACAGCAGUAUCCGAUCAAUUGGAUUUCGGGCAGUCGCUACAAUAUCUUAUGGAAACUUUACAAUUAAACAGUAAUAUUAGUGUUAAUCCGGUUACCACGGUUUCCAUAUCUACAUCAACAUCACCGUUGUCAUCACAAAUAUUGCCGAUUAUCACUAGUAGUGGGUCAAUUUUAACACAGACAGAAGUAAUUCCAACCUUGGAUAUGGCUACAUCAAUAACGACUCCCAAUAACAUGUUCACCAAAGGUUCUGAUUUUGAAGGUAGAACAUCACCGAUCUGUGAGGUUUCAACGAAUCUUACUUCUUCAUUGAUGAGUACUACUACUACUACUACUACUACUACUAAUAAUAAUAAUAAUAAUAAUAAUAAUCCAUUAUCAACUAUUUCUCGUUCAACUUCUCCAAUAUUACAACAGCAAAAUCACAACAAUGAACAGACUUGCAAUCUUUCACUUGGAUCUUCUUGCUUCACUAAUAUUUCAUCAAAAUCAACGAAUGAACGUUUCACUAAUUUUGUACAUUCUAACUUUUUGCCCGAUGAUAUUGUAAUAUUUGUUCCUGUCCCAGGAACUAGACCAAGUAUUUCAUCAUCAACACUAAACACUUCUCCAACUACAGUCACUUCUGUCACAACAACAACGAAUUCUACUGCAAGUUGUAUUCUGUCACAAAAUUACCAUGAUGUAAAAGCAGAUGGUGGUACCACUGCUGCUGCUACUACUACUAAUAGUAGUAGUAACAAUAAUACUAAUGUUCAUGAUUCAACAACAAUAACUAAAUCUGAUAUUUGGUCAAUGAAUAGUAAAAUUGCUUCGAAUCUCUUAGGUGCUAUUUCACCAUCAUCUAGUUUAUUAUCGUCAAUGAUUGUUCAAUCAUCAUUACCAUUUUGUUCAUCAAUAUUUAUGGAUUCGUCAUCAGGAGGAGGAAUUGUAGCAGGAAGUUCUGGUACUGGCACUACCAACACUACUACAAGCAUAAGUGAUAAUAAUACCUUGAUGAAUAGUAGUAGUAUCUUAUCUACUCAGAAAAACAUUUGUGCUGUAAUCAACAGUAGUAGUAUUCACAGUAAUAGUACAUUAGCUAAUGAAUUAUGUACAAGUACAUUUGGCGGUAAUUAUGGUACACUUUUAACUUCAACUACCCCUCCUACUACUACUUCUGAUUGUAGUAGCACUAGUGUUAAAACUACAACCACAACUGAAACAUCUUUCACAACGUCCACAUCAACUAUCACUUAUGUUCAAUGGCGUAUGUUAUCCUCGGAUGGACAUGUUUACUUUUUACAUCAAGAUGAUUUUAAGGCAUUGAAUAUUGACGAUCAUAUUGAUUACUGUAAGCCGAUGAGUUCUAAUGUACAGGAAACAAAUUCAUCUCAUCAUAGAAAUGUGUCGUUUAAAGAAGCGUUUCCAGCACAUAAUUAUUUUAUCGCAGCCAGAUACAAAAGUAAAGAACGUUGUUUAUCCAAACGAGCAAAUAAUCGAUUCAAUUUGCCGAGAAACUUUAUAUUCUACCGUGUCCGUGCUCGUCCUCUGUUGAAUAGUGAUAGUAGUAAUAACUGUGUUGGCUUUGGUGGUAUUCCGUCGUCACCUUCUCCAACUAGGAAUCUUAAUCGCCAGCAUCAAAAUAAUGGCAGCAUUAAAAAUUCUGUGAUUUGUGAAUCCUCUCCUUUUGUUUUAUCAGAUACAGAUGUUAAUAAAGAGUAAGUUUGUAAGUGACAUAUAUGUGAUUGAUGGUGAUGGAGAGGAGGGGCGUCCGAGUCCGUUUGACCUUUGUCCCUGAGGAAAAUAGGUUGGCGGGUGUUGGUGGUGGUAGAUAAUAAUCGAAGUAUUAUUGUAAUUAUUACUGUUUAUUAUUAUUAUUAUCACAAAUAUUAUUCGCACUGUUAUUUUACUCUCCUUUGUUUUUCUCUCGUUAUUGUCGUCAUUGUUAUUAUUCUAACCUACUUACAUACCUACCUACCAUCUUAUGCCUUUCAUACAUUACAUAUGUCACUUCAUUAAACAUAAUAAAUUCCCUUCGCAAUCAAACAAGAUAUACCAAGGGUAAAAUUAAUAGAAAAGUAAUAUUCUUCAAAAUAACACACACACAUACUUAAUUACCCCCCUGACUAACAUUGAAUGAUGCAACACAUUAUACAUCCCAUAACCCAUAACUAUAUAGAUAUACUUGAAAGGAAAAUCGUCUAUUAUCAUCACCAUUAGCCCUCAAUAAUAGCUUGAGAGAAAAGAAUUGAAUGUUAUUAUUCUUAUUUUCAUUUAAUUAUUCUUCUACUUUGUCUUAUUUUAGACUUUAGGACAGUUCAUUACCACCAUUGAACUGUGUUGUUGUAUAUGAAACACUUACCAUUAGUUAUUCUUUAUAGUUGUAUGCAAUCUAUGUAUGCACAAGUAUUUGUUAAGCGCCUGUGUCUUUCUUUUACCGCUUUCUCCCUAUAUGGAACCAUAUAUAAUACAUAUAUAUGUAUUCCUUGUUUGUGUAUGAAAUACCCCUUUCCUCUUAUUCAUCUUGUUCAAGAGGUUAUUUACUCUGUGUUCUUUAAGCGCCUGGAUGACUUUCAUCAUAUAACCUACUUGUGUCUGUUAGUUCUUGACUGUUAAAUAUAAUCGCUUGUUUCAAAAGUUGUUUUCGGCUUUAUUACACACACGCACCCUUAUCAUUUAUUUACAUAUUCAUAUCUUCUAUACUAUGUUCUUGUUCAAUGUUUAUUUUCAAAUGAACAACUGUGUAUAAAGCUAUCCAGUUCUCUUAUCGACAUUAGUAUUAUUAUUAUGAUUGUCAUUGUCCAUGAUGACAACAUUGUUAAUGUUGAUGGUAUUUCCUUCUGUCUCCGUUUAACAACAUAAACUAUGGCAAGCAAUAGAAUUCCUCAUAGAUUUUUCUUAUUCUUUCGUCUAUUUUCAAUUUGACAUGUAUAAAUUAUUGACUAUUGUUUAUGUAUGUUAAAUAUUAUGUGUAGAUUUCUCCUAACCUUUUUUUUCGCGCUCCUCUUCAUUGUACCGUCAUCACUUCACAAAAUGGGUAUGUAUACAUACACUUAUCCAACCCUACUUAUAUAUACAUAUAUAAAAAAAUUAUUUUAUACAGGGUUUAUAUAUAUAUAUAUAACUAUCUCAAGUCAUAUUGGUCUUGUAUUAUCUAGAACAAAUACUAAACCUAUAAACUAGCUAAUCCUAACUGAUUGUUUGGCUGUUCCUGUUUUCUGACUAAACAAACUAUUCAUGUUUUGGUUUGUACUAAAAAAUUGUCAUUAAUAUCAUCAUCGUCAUCAUUAUGAUCGAAAUCUUUAUUCAUAUUAUGAUAACAAAUACAAUGAUCAAUUAAUAGACUUGUUGAAUGAAUGGAAUGGAACAAUGAAUUUCCAACUAAUCUAUUCAUUGUUUUCAGCUUUCUCCUUCAUCUUUUUCACCAUCGUCUCUAUGCUGGUAUUGCUUGUGUGUGUGUGUGUGUGUUCAUGGUCUUCUUUAUGUUACCCAGUAAAAUACAUCAAUGAUUUGACCAUUUCAAUAAUUUUUUUCUGUAGAUGAAUUUUAUUUUGUGACAUUGUUCUUUUUUUUUGUUUUGUUGUUGUUCUUUUAACGCUUCGUCGUUCAUCCCUUCCUUUAACUGAUAAAGUUUAACCGGUUUUUUUUCUGUAUACAGAUUACAAUUAAUAAUAAUCUAUCGAUAUGGUUUUGUUCCCUGUUCGAUUAUAUAAGAUGAUACUUUGUAUUUGUAAUUUAUUCUGUACUAUAUAACAAACUGAUAAAGUGUAACCCAUACACAGAUACAACAGAUGUGUAAUAAUGAUCAUUUCUGUUAUAGUCUAUAUUUGACUUUCUUUUCGUUCGUCAAUCUUCGUCUUCAUUCGUGUUCUUUAUUAUUAUAAACACUAAGAUUGAUAUACAACGAUGAUAAUGAACAAUUACACAAAAAAUUUUUCUCAUUUCAUACAACAAUGAAACUCAUUAUCAUUUACACUCAGAUAAUAAUUACUAUUCAAUUAAAAGAAUUUUCUUAGUUGAUAAGUUCAGGUUUUUCUCUUUAUGAACAGAUUGGGUUUUAGUCCAGUUAUAAUAAAGAAACAAUUUAUGUUUAUCAUUUUGUACACUUGAUAUUCGCUAAUAUAACUAGAUUAAAUCGAUCA